GUCCGGUGGAUUACACAAGCACUAACUACACUGAAUAUAUGAUACCUAGGUAGGUACAUACCUAGGUACCUAAGCAACCAACAUUAGGUACAGAUACACAACCAACAUACACAUUGGGCACCUCUUAGCUGCCUUCUGUGGCAACUUUCUCCGAAGUUGCACCGUUUCACCUUCUUUUGGCCGCCCCACAAAACUCUCGAAGACAUUUUAGUUUUAAUAUUUACUUCAAUCGAAACCUAGCCCUCAAUAUAUCUAAUACGUAACUAACUAAGAAGAUACGAAUGUGUUGACCCCGAUCAAGAAUUAUCUAUCUAAAUAUCUUAAAGCAUUUUCUCAUCAGUUUCAUUAGCAACUGGCUGGCUACCUUAUACUCCCGCUUCAACAUGGAGAAGAAAUGCGGAAAUUAUGUUCCAUUUGCGCUCUUCAUUCUCUCAGAGAAAAUCUCAGUUGAAUAUCUCAACACGCUACUCGAACGCGCUUUAGAUACGUCAGAAUCCAGUGCCGGCUGGUACAUCUUAACAGUUGUCCAUAUCACGGACCCCUCCGAUCCGUAUGGUUGUGCGCCUGAUGAAGUGAUAGUAAGAGAUGGGGAUCGUGUAUAUAGGAUGCCUCAAAAGGGGACUCGUCCUCCCUUGGAUGAUUCAUUCGUAUCGCCUUUCCUUGGCAAGACUGUAGAAGACUGUGCACGCUAUCUACGUGGGACACCGGAUAAAAAAGAUUGGAACAGAGAGCACUUCUGCGUAUUAUGUGACGAUGACUUGCUUGAGGAUACAGUUACACUAGUGCGUGGGUUUGAACAUGGUGCUGUGCAUUCUUUCCCAUGCCCUGUGGAUGAGAUUUGGGGGAAGAUGAUGACUAUGUGGAAUGGAAGGUCUUUCGAAGAGCAACUACAGACGUACCAGUAUAUUGUAGAGGAACACCCCGACAAGGAUCGAAGUGUUGGCGAGGCUUAUGAGCUUUUAGAAUAUGAAGAGGAUGGCUACAUUAUUUUUAUUUAUUGAACGCAUGAGAGAUAGGAUUCGAGUAUUGAAAAGAAAUUCAAGUUUCAAUCUUUAGUUGCAUAAACAUGCUCUAAGAGGCUUAUGAGAAUUGCAUACUCUCCAUGAAGCAAAAAAGUUUCACAUUGGACAUAACUGUCGAGAAAUCUAACUCACCAAAUCAAGAUACAAGAAUAAACAUGUAGGAUAGCGAUGGUAUAAUUAUGC